UAUUUAUUGGUAGAACCAGUCACAAACAAUAGUCCAAGUUGAAGACAAUUGAUCGGGCGAAGUAUCAGCAAUGGCUUCAUCUUCUGGUACUAAACAUAAACAUCCUGAAAAGGAUUUGAUUGAUUUUGUGUUCUCAACGAAGACCUCUGCACAAACCAGGUGGAAAAGAUUCCAGAAGAGUUUCAAUCGGUAGAGCAUUAUUUUGGGUCUUAUACAUUACCUUUGAUAGACGAAACUCGAGCUGUAUGGUGAAGUUAUCUUCUUAGAGGAGUCUAACUCACCUUAUGCAUGAUCAUUCCUUUAUGACAUGAAGAUUGAUUAUUGGAGAAAACAGUAUGGUGAAAGGGGCAAACAGCCCUACAGUCCAAAACCUUGUGACCUCUUUGUUUUAUCUGAUGCAGUACCUGAAAUUGCUUCUGAUCUUGAAAGAUUCAGAAGGGUAUGCAGUUUUGGAUUGGUCACAAACGUUAUGAAUGGACUGGAUGAUGGCAAUUCUGUAUCUUUUGAGGUCCGAACACCAAAGGCUAUUGAGGUUAAAGAACAUAGAAGCUCACUUUUUGCCGUGUUUCCGACAAAUGUGAAAACGAACACUAGCAUAUGGACGGAACUGCACAUGUUUGGUAACUUGGAGAUUGUCCAAAAGGUUCUCGGAAGCAAUUCUAUGGUUGAGGAGAUAUGUGACCGCUGUUCUUUACAAAGUAAGAGCACUUGUUCUAAUAAAGAUGAUGCAAGAUCAUUAUCAGUCCUUAAUAAAUCCCAAGCAGCUGCAGUGACUAGUUCUGUAUCUGCUGUUCAGUGCAGCCACAAGUCUUCCCCUAUUCAACUUGUUUGGGGUCUACCUGGGACGGGAAAAACAAAAACUCUCAGUGUUUUGUUGUGUAUUCUCUUAAAGAGGGGUUACAGAGUACUUGCAUGUGCUCCAACUAGCAUUGCUCUCACAGAAAUGGUCUCUCGCGUACUUAAGCUUGUCAAAGAGCCGUACAAUAUGUUCCAAAGACAGGGCAAGUCAUUUUGCGCACUGGGAGAUCUCCUCCUGAUUGGUAGUAGGACUGAGCUUGGAAUUUGUGAUGAUCUUAAGAAUAUUUGGUUAGACUAUCGUGUGGACAAGCUUGCAGAAUGUUUUGCACCUCAAACAGGAUGGAAACAAUGUUUCAAAUCCAUGAUGGUUUUUCUUGAAGAUGGUCUAUCAGAAUAUCAUUUAAUUAUCUUUGAAAGAAAAUGCAGCAGAUGGGGCUGGACCGAAGCUGGAGAAUGAAGCUGCUGCUGAAGUUCCAAUUUCCUUUCUUAAAUUCACGAGGAACCGGUACAAAGCUACAGCUUUACCACUCAAACAAUGCAUCAAUGUUUUAUGCACCCAUCUUUCCAAAAAAUGUAUUAUGCAGCAUAAUUUGGAGAAAAUGGUUCACCUUCUUGCUUUGCUCGAAUCUUUUGGAAAAUUUCUCUCUCGUAAUGAUGUGAUCAGUACAGAACUAGAGUGCCACUUUGCACAUUCAGAAAUAAUUUGUUCUAAAGAUUCAAGUGGAUGUGAAGAUUUAGGGUGUUCCACUUCAGCCACAUUCUGCAUGAUGAGAAGUGAGGUCAUCAAUCUUCUUAGGCAUCUUAGUCAUGAUCUUAACCUACCAUAUGUCUUAAGGCGUGAUGUGGUUAGGAAUUUCUGUUUCCAAACCGCGUCCUUCUUUUUCUGCACGGCAUCUGGUUCAUAUAGUCUUCAUGAGGUGGAUAUUGAGCCACUGAACUUGUUGGUCAUUGACGAAGCUACUCAGGUAAAAGAGUGUGAAUUGGCAAUUCCCUUGCAACUUGAAGGCAUACAACGUGCUAUUGUAUUUGGUGAUGAGUGGCAGCUACCAGCAAUGUUACACCGCAAGGUUUCUGAAAAAGCUGGCCUUGGAAGAAGCCUUUAUGAAAGAUUGAGAUCGUUGGGUCAUUCAAAGCACCUUCUCGACAUGCAAUACAGAAUGCAUCCCAAAUAAGCUCUUUUCCUAAUGCCAAAUUUUUUCAAAAUAUGAUUCUGGAUGCUCCUAGUGUUAUCUGUAAAGGUUAUGAAAGGCACUAUCUUCCAGGAACUAUGUUCGGUCCCUACUCAUUCAGAAGUAUCUGUGAUGGAAGGGAGGAAGUAGACAGUGUUGGAGAAAGCCGCAAAAAUAUGGUGGAAGUAGCAGUGAUCGUGAAAAUUGUGCAAGACCUAUUUAAAGCUUGGGAAGGCUCAAGAGAGAAGCUGACAAUUGGUAUUAUAUCCCCUUAUGCUGCUCAAGUUGCUACAGUACAAGAGAAGAUUGGACGAAAAUAUGAGAAGCUCAAAAACUUUUCUCUGAGAGUGAUGCUUGUUGAAGGUGAAGAGGACAUCGUAAUUAUCUCUACUGUGAGAUCUGAUAGUGGUGGAUCAAUUGGCUCCCUAUCUAACCCUAAGCACUGUAAUGUUGCUUUGACUAGGGCCAGGCACUGCCUUUGGAUUAUGGGGAAUGAUAAAACAUUGUCUAAUAGUGGAUCUUGCUGGGAAAUGAUAGUCCAGGAUGCAAAGGACCGAAAUUGCUUUUUUUAUGCUCACGAAGAUAAAGAGAUUGCAAAAGUAUUGUUAGAGGCCAAGAAGGAACUUGGUCAAUUGGAUGAUUUACUUAAUGGAGAUAGCGUACUUUUUAAAAGUGCAAGGUGGAAGGUCUAUUUAGUGAUAAAUUUAGGAGGUCAUUUGGGAAAUUGAAGUCUCAAACUCAGAAGUGUGUUAUCCAAUUAUUGCUAAGGCUCUCUAGUGGCUGGCGACCAAAAAAUAUCAAGGAAGAUUCCCUUUGUGGAAACUCCUUGCAACUUGUGAAACAGAUCAACUUCUGACUCUAAAAUCGAUAUUGCCAAAUAUUCAAGCUAUACCCAGGUGUUAAAAAUAUGGGAUAUUAUCUUACCUGUAGAGGAGAUUCCGAAACUACUUACGCUUACGCGUUUGGAUGGCAUCUUUAGGAUGUACACCAGUGAAUUCAUUGAAUACUGCAAGCUGAAACGCACUGAACGGGAUAUAGAAUUUCCAGUUACCUGGGAGGUUUCUGAUGAUAUUGUUUGUUUUAAGGACAGUAGCUGUAGCGAGUUAACUAGUACCUCUAGUUCUGGUAUGUUUGAUGAUAGGAGUCACGUUGAAACCUCAACAUUAAAAGAUAGUUUGUUCCUAAUGAAGUUCUACUCCUUAUCAUCCGGUAUGGUGAGUCAUUUGCUUUCUGGAAGUGAUGGCAAAGAACUACCUUCCUUUCGAAUUAACUGAUCGAGAAUCGGAAGUAAUUCUUUAUCCUGGAAGUACUUUUAUACUUGGAAGGUCUGGAACGGGGAAGACAACUAUUUUAACCAUGAAAUUGUUUCGAAGGGAGCAGCAACACUAUUUUUAUUUAGAAGGAUUCCGCGAUGCUGAAAAUUGUGCCUAUACGUCUUUUCCCAUGAAAAACUGGAUAUCAGAGAAAAGAUCUGUGUUACGGCAAAUUUUUUUGACCGUCAGCCCAAUGUAAUGUUCUGCUAUCAAGAACCUAUUUCGGACUGGAAAAGUUUUAUACACUCGGGAAAGAAUUCAGCAUUACCCAGUUUAGUCGAAAUGUAUGAUACUGAUCAUUCAAUUGAAUCGAGGGAUACCCCUGAUAAUUUUAUAAAUAUCCCACUCGAAAGCUAUCCAUUAGUCAUCACAUUUCGUAAAUUCUUGAUGAUGCUUGACGGAAGUAUGGAGAAUUCGUAAUUUUAAUAGAUUCAAUGAAAUAAGGCAAC